AUGGCUGAGAGAGGGGGGAACCAUGCGGGUGUGUACCGCAGCGUCUCUUUCAGGAAGCUGGCCUCCAGCUGCACGAGCGCACCGGAGCUGGACGCUGUCCGCGCACACGCGUCCUGCGCGGCGCGUAAAGGCAGCGCGUCAAGAAAAGUUUCCAAGAUCUGUGCCUCCGCCAGCCUCCCAACCGCAGACUCCAAAACAAGCUCCUCCGCCUUUCUCCCCUCUGUGUCUCCAUCCAUCCGCCAGCUCUCUGAGAGGUUCAGCCUCCUCUGGGCUCCAGGCUCCGGCAGGACAGACGCGCCUCCGGCUCGUAAAUCUUCCCAGGAGGACGGAGGAGCGGGCUGCCUCCAGGACGGGCCCGCCACGGACGCGGAGUCUCCUUCGGACGCUAAAAAGCUCCACUCCGGCACCGAGUCAGUGUCGGGUUCAGACUCGGAGAGGCGGGUGCUGUGUUUGUCGACGGACAGCAGCUGCACGGGUAAGACAGAUUCUUCUCAGAUCAACGCGCGACCCGCUCAUCUCAAAAAGAGUUUGACUACAGACGAGGAAGAGGAGGAUGUUAGAGAGGUCCCCCCGCCUUGUAAAUCUCACAGAGCUUAUCGCCAUACCCACCACGGGGACUUUAUUGCUCCAUCGCAAACUGACAAGUGGCCCAGUGUGACUAAGAUAAGGCAACUUUUUGAUGACACACUGCACAAGACUAACACAUGUGAGGUAAAAGCAGCUGACAGAAGGCAUUUACAGGAGCUAAGCUGCAGUGAGGGUGCUCCUUUCACUGGUACAAGUGGAAGUUCUGCUAAAGAAACAGAAGACCUGUCUUUGCAUGAGGACAGACAAAGCCACUCGGCUACAGAGACUUCUCGUGCUAUAGACUUUUAUUCCACGUCUGAGCAUCGUCAGUGUUCACAUGACGAGGGAGUAAACACAGAAACAAACCAAGUGUCUGGCAGAAACACUUUUCAGAGCAGUAGCUGUUGUCACACUGGUCGCUACUGUGGGAUUAACUCAUCCCCACACAGGUCUCGAAGUCCCAGCACUGAGUCCGAGGCAGCAUCGAAGGCCCCCAGGACGACAAGAUCAACAUCUGACCCUAAACCUGACCUUCAGCCCUGCGCUACUUCGUCUUGGAGUGGAUUUGCGAGUUUAGACGCCUCCUCCUGCGCCUCCUCUCAGCAGCAGCCGACAGAGAGGGGGAGAAAGGAUAGACAGGGGGUCGGGCUGCCCAGGGAUAGUUUACAUUCCUCGCAUAGCUCCUCUAAAGCACCAGCCCCCACCACCUCCUCUGCUCCAGCUCCAGAUAAAGCCAUUAACUCCUGCUCCUCUACUGUAGCUCUUUCCUCUGAGCCAACAACAGUUUGUUCUGCUCUCAGCUCCCGUUGGAAGUUAAGCUCUGCAGACGAGGAGGAGGUGCACACCAGGAGAAGAAGAGGUUAUCCCUCUGACCCUAAGCCCUCCGUCACCUGCAGAGGAGGAGAGAGGACUGCUACAGAGCGAGCAGGCAGCUAUUUGUCUCGCAGUAAAAAUGGCUGGUGGGGGGCUAAGAUCAUUGGCAGGUCCUCAGGCAGUGAGGAGGACAGUCCCUCUUCGUUAGGCCCCCACUGUCGAGAGACAGUGCGCCGCCGCUCUUUGAGAAAGAAGAAGAAGGUCAGUGAGGCUAUUGCUGCAGCAGGCCGUGAUGAUUAUAAUCAUGAUGGUGAAUCAGAAGACAGCGACAGUGAUACGGCCUUGACAAUGGAUCGUUUGGAGAGGCAGCAGAACACUGGAGUGUUUCCGGGGAUGAUUCAUAGGAGCCACUCUGCACGAGAACAUGGCAGUCAUAGUUACAAAGCCAAGGUGCAGCACUGGGAGCGCAUCACCUCACCUGUGACGCCCAACACACUUCCUGGUGUAUCACGAGUAUCAAAAGUGAACAUACCUCCUUUUAUAUCCAGUCCCGAUGAUUCGCGCUGCAGUAGCCGGUACUCCAGCACUGAGACUCUAAAAGAGGAGGAGCAGGGUAGCCGUGCCAACCGUUCAGCUAGUAUGUUCCUUAGUAGGAGUGGAACAGAAGGUGGCACAAGCAGAACUGCUUCAUCAUCUGUGUUGAGUAAAACUUACCAUGGAAAUUUUACCAUGUACCGUUCCCCAAGCUUUGGCCAUGGAGAUAACUUCUCCCGUGCCCAUAUUCGCAUGCGCCCCAAGUUAAUGCAAACAGUAACACCCACGUUGAAUGUACAUCCAGGAGAAGGUGGGGGAUCCUCAGAGGUUAGAGGUGGUGAGACAGUUGGAUUGAAGAAAACAACAUGGAGUGGUGAUGCGCGGGAUAAUAAAAAUCCUACUUCCACAUCCAACACUGAUGUUGCAUCAGAAACCAUGACCCUCUUAAGCUUUCUGAAAUCUGGUCUACCAGGGCUCAAAGUGAGGAGAACAACUGAAGGGGGCAGAAGUAGUGCUGUGGAGGGGUCAUCAACAUACAGGAGGGGCUCAGGCUCUAAUGGAGGAACUGCUCCACCUUUGGGUUCCCGCCCUUCGCUGAAAGAUCUAACUGCAACACUUAGACGUACAAAAUCCUUCACUUAUUCUGACAAACCUACAACAAGUGCGAGGUGUUACCUGGCAUGUGGCACCACUAAAAGAAGCUCCUCUGAGCAGCAGCUUGACUUGGAUGAAGAUAAGGCUGAGAUUAGGGCUGUGUUAUCAGACAGAGAAGUAGAAAGUGAUGGUGGGGAUUUUAGAAUUGGCCGAGGGCUAAAAACGAGCAAUUAUAGACUGGGUGAUGAUGAUGAUGAAGUGAUGCCAACUCCAUUUCAAGAAAGGUGUGUGCUGGAAGCUAGGCAGGUCAUUCAAGAUAUCUGCCAGAUGUGCACAAGAGAAGAUGAUGAUGAUUAUGCAAGUGUAAAUCCAAGUGAGGAUAAAUUGCGGGAUAAAUCUUUACAGGUAAAGAAAACGAGUGAAGAAAAGAGAGAAACAGGAGGCAUUAGGGAUGAGACAAGCGUGGCUCUAGAGGCUGAGUCUGAGAACACCAAAGAGAAAGAUAAACAUGAGCAGGAGAGAGAGAACAGUAGGAGGCAGAGGAGUGGACAAAGUAUGCAGCUGGAGAAGCUAAACAGCAGGGGUACAGAGUUCUGGGAGAAGCCAAAGAGACAGAGCAGAGAGCUGGAGGGAGCCUUACAGAAGGGUGACUCGGAGGAAAGCAUGCUCUAUGACCGUUCCGUGGAUGAACUUUCAGGUCACGAGUCAAGUUUAACUGACGAGGGGAUUGUAACGGAGCCAGAGACAGGUCCCAGUGAUCUCUUGGAGAGGUCGUUUCUGGGCUCAGCAGGGGUUAAUUUAGGGUCAAAAUUAGGAAGUGAUGUCCUUGCGCAGGCAGUCGCUGGAUGGAAGCAGUCGGCUUAUGAGAUGGAAAGCUUCAAGCCGGAAGGAGCAGCAAUAACGGAGAACAGUUUGAGUUGCACAAACCGUCUGAGCAAAGAGGGUUUGCCUUGCUCGGUGGCUCUUCCUCAGAAUGACAACCUUCUUAUGGAGGUGAGCACCACUGCUUGUGUUGCCAACACUGGUAGAGAAGGGCUCCACAUUAACAGUGCUGUGUCACAAGGGUCAGCUGCAGGAGGAGGGGGUGGGGUAUUUGAAGCCCCUGCCACCCCAAGCACUAGCCGUCGGAGGCGCAAGUUCUCCCCAUCUGGUAACAACAACACAAGCUCUGAUUCAAGUAAUGGCAGUCAUGCUGAUUCAACAAUAACAGCUGUAGGAAAUGGGGAGUCAACAGUCUACCGUUCUCUCAGUGACCCCAUGCCUCAGCGGCGCUGUUCUGUUGUGGAAGAAGGGAGCCACAACUUUUCUUCUGUAGACAGCAACCUUCUGGGUUCCCUAUCUGUCAAAGGAGGAGGGGGAGGCACUCCAGAGGCCUCUUCUACAUCUUCAAUGUCAGAAUACAAAGGCAGCAUAGCAAGUGACUUAUCUGUGUACAGUGAUGGGGGCCUCAAAGAAGACAGCAUCCAAGACUACAGUGGGGUGAUCAGGAACAUUGUAGCUGAGCCAGGUGCAAUGAACAGACUGCUCACUGAUGACCAUGGCAAUGGCAAAACUCCCAAGAAGAAGUCUUUUAGUGAUCCCAGUCGACGUAGUGAUGCUCCUUUACUGUCCCAGAAUGACCCUCAGUAUAAAGGUCAAACUGGCAGCCCUCAGCCAAUCAGUGAGCUGGAUCAGUCUGGACAGAUUCCUCCUUCCAGCAGUGAGCCAAUCCUGAGUGAACAUAGAGAGGAAUUGUGGGAUUCUGAGUCUAAACCUACACAGAUACAGGUCAAGAUUUCAGAUUGCAGUCUUCACUCUGACAACCCUGAAGAUGAAGAUCAUGUAAUAGGCCAUGGUGGAGAAGAGGAGGUGCAGAAGUUCAACUUUGACCUUAAGCUUGCUGAGGUCUUUUUUCCUCGGAAGGUACGUCGUCCAACUAGAAAACGUCCCAACAGGUUGGCAUUUUUUCCUGAUGAGGACCAGUUUGAACCUCUUGAGUUGGAUUCAGAGGCACAGGAGGACCCCAGCAACCAAAUUAAGCACACAUCCUCUCCUCCAGCUUUAUCACUGACAUCAAAACCCAAACCCAAGCCUGUUUGCCAUGCCAGUGAGCCUGCCACCUUCAUCCCAAUCUCCCCACCUCCACAACUCCAGCCGCUGAAGGAAUCGGACUGCAUUACAGUCCAGUCCACUGUAAAACCGCCAACCUUAAGCAAACCUCCAGGUGAUGCAGCCCUGGCUUUUGGGGAUGCAACAAAGAAAUGUAUUCUUAGCACCCAUGAAAAAAACUCUGAGGCCAGGCCUGUUCGGGGAGCAAGUGAUGAAGCCCAAGGUUUACCGACCACUUCAGAGGGCCCCGGUGAGAUCAGCGUAGAAUCUGGACCUCAAAAAGUGGACUCAGAGGACUCCCCACUCGUUACGGCUCCACAGAGGACCAAACCAAAAGUGGACAUGAGAAAACAUGUGAUGAUGACUCUGCUGGACACGGAGCAGUCAUAUGUGGAAUCGCUGCGCACUCUAAUUCAGGGAUACAUGCGUCCUCUGAAACAGCCGGACAGCGGAUCCAUCGUGGACCCUCUGCUGGUGGAUGAGAUGUUCUACCAGAUCCCAGAGAUCCUGGAGCACCACGAGCAGUUCCUGGAGCAGGUCGCCGGCUGCGUCGACCAGUGGCACGACAGGCAGACUGUCGGACACAUCCUCAUCCAAUCAUUCUCCAAAGAGGCUCUUGCCAACAUAUACUCAGCGUACAUCGACAACUUCCUCAGCGCCAAAGACGCCGUGAGGGUCGCCAAGGAGGCCAAGCCGGCGUUCCACAAGUUCCUGGAGCAAAACAUGCGUGAGAACAAGGAGAAGCAGGCUCUGGGUGAUCUGAUGAUCAAACCGGUGCAGAGGAUCCCUCGAUACGAGCUGCUGGUCAAGGACUUGCUGAAACACACUUCGGAGGAUCACCCGGACCACUCGUUGCUGCUGGACGCCCAGAGGGACAUCAAGCGCCUGGCGGAGAAGAUCAAUAAAGGACGCCGCUCCGCUGAGGACGCGGAGCGGGAGGCCAGGGUUAUCCAGGAGAUCGAGGCGCACAUAGAGGGAGUUGAACACAUUCUGAACCCGCAGAGGAAGUUCUUGAGGCAGGAGAUCGUCAUGGAGGCGAAGACAGUGGGCGGGAAGAAAGACCGCUCGCUCUUCCUCUUCAGCGAUCUCAUCAUCUGCACCACGCUGAAGAGGAAGUCCGGCUCUCUGAGACGCAGCUCCAUGAGCCUAUACUCUGCAGCCAGUGUGAUCGACACCUCCAGUAAAUACAAGUUUCUGUGGAAACUUCCUCUGGAGGACGUGGAGGUGGUGAAAAGCUCUACUCAGGCGACGAACAAGGAGAGCAUCCAGAAGAUGAUCAGUCGACUGGAUGAAGAUCUCAGCACGCUGGGUCAGAUCAGCAAACUGUCUGAGACCCUCAGUUUUCCACAUCAGUCACUAGAUGAGGUCAUCAAAGACUUGAUGGCGUCGGUGCACAAAGAGCUGUCGGAGAAACAAUCGUUGGCCUUCAGCAUGACCUUUCUGCCCACGAAGCUGGAGUUUACCACGGCCUCCGCCGAGAGCAGCUUCGUCUUCGAGUUUAGCUCUCCAGACACUCGUUCCAGCUUCGAGCAGGCCUUCGAGGAAGCCAAGAAGAAGCUCGCCAUGAACAAGGACCAGUGGGACCCGGAGUUCCUGAAGGCCAUCCCUAUAAUGAAGACCCGCAGUGGGAUGCAGUUCUCCUGUGCCUCUCCCAGCCACAGCUGCCCCGACAGCGGCUGUGAGGUGUGGGUGUGUAACAGUGACGGAUACGUGGGACAGGUUUGCUUGCUGAAUAUCAAAGACGAGCCCACGGUGGAGGCCUGCAUCGCCGUCUGCUCGGCCAGGAUCAUUUGUAUCGCUGCAGUUCCAGGACUCAAGGGGAGGGAUCGUGGAGCAGAACCGGUCCCGAACUCCGGAGCGCUGGGUCACGCCCAGCAGCAGCUCCACAUCUCCAUCUCUCAUUCGAACCUGGAGCUGACGGCGCAGCCUACAGGACCGGGGGCGGAGCUUGUGCCGUUUGACAGCGACGACACGGACGAUGAAGAUUCACCGAGUCCCUCCUCCACUCUGCAGAGCCAGGCCAGUCGCUCCACCAUAUCCUCCAGCUACGGCAUCGACGAGGGUCCGAGCUCCAAAGACAUGGCCACAGAGACCACCAGCAGCGAGGAGGAGCAGGAGCUCCCCGUGCCGAGCUCCUAUGGUGCCCCGGGGAUGCUGGGAGUGGGCGGAGGGAGUCACGCUCACACAGAGAGCUCGAUGGAUGGCCGGGCCAUGCGGCGGUCCUCUCGAGGAUCGUUCACCCGAGCGAGCCUGGAGGAUCUGCUCAGUAUGGACCCGGAGGCCUACCAGAGCUCCGUGUGGCUGGGCACGGAGGACGGAUGCAUCCACGUGUACCAGUCCUCAGACAACAUCCGCAACCGUAAGAACAGCAUGAAGAUGCAACACUCAGCCUCCAUCCUGUGCAUCCUGUAUUUGGAUGACAAAGUGUUUGUGUCUUUAGCAAAUGGAGAGGUCAUUGUUUAUCAGAGAGAAGCUGGUAGUUUCUGGGAUCCUCAGUCUUCUCAGACUUUAGUUCUUGGUACGCCCAGUAGUCCGGUCACCAAAAUGGUCCCAGUUGGAGGAAAACUGUGGUGUGGUUCGCUGAACAGAGUCCUCAUUAUCAACACUACAACACUGGUACAAGAGCACUGGUUCCAGGUGGGCACCGACAGCAGUCGCUGCGUGACGUCCAUGGUGGCGUACUGUCAGGGGGUGUGGCUGGCGCUGCAGGGCAGUGCGCAGGUCAGGAUGUACCACGCUCAGACCUGGGAGAGCCUGACAGAGGUGGACGUGGCGCCUGCCGUGCACAAAAUGCUUGCAGGUGCAGAUGCAAUCAUCAGACAGCAUAAAGCGGCCUGUCUCAGAAUCACAGCCUUACUGGCCUGCAAGGAUCUGUUGUGGAUCGGUACCAGUGCAGGGGUGGUCCUUACUCUGGCGAUCCCAGCGGUGAGGUCAGGAACUGGUGCUGAGGCACUCAAAUCUCCCCUGGUGCCGAUGGGAUCGGCUCAUGGUCACACGGGUCACGUUCGGUUCCUGACGUCGAUUGAGCUACCAGAAGGCUUUGACAUGAACUUUCCUCCAACGACAACAGACUCCACAGGUAAUCAGUCUCAGAGCAGCAGCACGGUUGAAGGCAGUCUGCAGCGACGGGGCUCCACACACCGCAGAGCCUCCGCGCACAUCCCUGUCAAAACCAACCAUCUGGUUAUUUCCGGCGGCGAUGGCUACGAGGACUUCAGACUGACCAACAGCAGUGAAACGGUUGGGCGGGACGACAGUACCAACCACCUCUUGCUUUGGAGGGUUUGA